GAGAAAGGGCAUCUGAUGCCAGCUGCCAAUAUGACAGAAACCCUGCAGCUCCCAGCACUGCAAGUCCCAGAGCAGCAGGUGGUGGAGGGUGGCCGUGCCUGGUCCAGUUCAUCCACCCCAACCCUGCGCAGGAAGCGCUUCAAGAUGAGGCGGAUGAAGAAUGUGCAGGAGCAGAGCCUGGAGGUCAGCAGGUAUCAGGAUUCUCCUUCCUCCAGCAAGGAAUACCUGCAGCUCCCAUCCAUUGAAAUCACCCCCUCCAGUGAUGAGGACACUCCCUGGUCCAACUGCUCUACACCCAGUGCCUCCCCGCGGCGCAAGCGCUUCCUCCUUCGGAAGUGGCUGCGUGUGAGAGAGAAGAAGGAAUACAGUGAGAGCAGUAGUCAACAGAGCAGCCAGCAAAGCAGCCACGAUGAUGACUUGUCCCGAUUCUUGAGCCCUCAUAUGCGUGAAGACAGUACUGCCAGUAACUCAAACCGCAGCACGCCUGCCUGCUCCCCGAUCCUGCGCAAACGCUCCCGGUCCCCGACACCGCAGGACUCCCAAGGAGACACCAUGGUGGAAAAAGGCUCAGACCACUCAUCAGACAAAUCCCCUUCGACGCCGGAGCAGGGUGUACAGCGUAGCUGUUCCUCUCAGUCAGGCCGCAGUGGGGCCAAGAAUUCCAAGAAAAGCCAGAGUUGGUAUAAUGUGUUGAGUCCAACAUACAAACAACGGAAUGAAGAUUUCAGAAAACUCUUCAAACAGCUUCCUGACACGGAGCGCCUCAUCGUAGAUUACUCAUGUGCGCUACAAAGAGACAUUCUCCUGCAGGGCCGCCUCUACCUCUCUGAAAACUGGAUCUGCUUUUACAGCAACAUCUUCCGUUGGGAGACACUGCUGACAGUUCGCUUGAAGGAUAUCUGCUCGAUGACCAAGGAAAAAACAGCACGGCUCAUUCCUAAUGCCAUCCAAGUUUGCACUGACACUGAAAAGCACUUUUUUACUUCCUUUGGGGCUCGAGACAGGACGUACAUGAUGAUGUUCAGACUCUGGCAGAACGCUCUCCUUGACAAGCCUCUCUGUCCAAAGGAGCUCUGGCACUUUGUCCACCAGUGUUACGGGAACGAGCUGGGUCUGACCAGUGAUGAUGAAGACUAUGUGCCUCCUGAUGAUGACUUCAACACAAUGGGCUACUGUGAAGAAAUCCCCGUGGAAGAGAAUGAAGUCAACGACAGCUCCUCCAAAAGCAGCAUGGAGGCCAAGCCAGAAGCUAGCCCUCAGCUGCCAAAGAAAUCUGUCACUGCCAGCACACUGACAUCUACGGGAAGCAGUGAAGCGCCAGCCUCGUUUGAUGGAGUGCUACCAGAAGAGGAGGAGGCAGUGGCAGAGAGUCCUGUGGAAAAAGACAUUGGCAUUGCAAAUAUCAUGGGAGAGAAGAUAGAGAUCAUUGGCCCCGUGAACUCCCCUUCCCUAGACUUCAAUGACAACGAAGACAUUCCCACUGAGCUCAGUGACUCCUCAGAGACCCAUGAUGAAGGGGAAGUCCAAGCCUUUUAUGAGGAUCUGAACGGCCGUCAGUACGUGAAUGAAGUGUUCAACUUCAGCGUGGACAAACUGUAUGACUUGCUCUUCACGGACUCCCAGUUCCAGAGGGACUUCAUGGAACAGCGCCGGUUCUCUGAUAUUAUCUUUCAUCCCUGGAAGAAGGAAGAAAAUGGCAAUCAGACCAGAGUGAUCUUGUAUACCAUUACCCUCACCAACCCUCUGGCCCCCAAAACUGCCACUGUCACUGAGACACAGACAAUGUACAAAGCCAGCCAAGAAAGCGAGUGCUAUGUCAUAGAUGCAGAGGUGCUAACUCACGACGUCCCCUACCAUGAUUAUUUCUACACCAUUAACCGCUACACGUUGACUCGUGUUGCCAGAAACAAAAGCCGACUCAGGGUUUCCACAGAGCUACGAUACAGGAAACAGCCUUGGGGGCUGGUGAAAUCCUUCAUUGAGAAGAAUUUUUGGAGCGGGCUAGAAGAUUAUUUCCGACAUUUGGAGAGUGAACUGACCAAAACGGAGAGCACGUACCUGGCUGAGGUCCACAGACAAUCCCCCAAAGAGAAAGUGAGCAAGCAAUCGACCGUGCGCCGGAGGAAACGGGCCCAUGCCCACCUGCGGGUGCCGCACUUGGAGGAGGUGCUGAGUCCCGUCACCACCCCCACGGAUGAGGAGGUUGCGCAUCGAAUCAAGCAUGUGGCAGGUUCCACUCAGACACGGCACAUCCCUGAGGAGAGCCCCAGUGGCUUCCACCUGCAGAGUGUCUCUAAGCUGCUCCUUGUCAUCAGUUUUGUGAUCUGUUUCAGUCUGGUGCUGCUGGUCAUUCUUAAUAUGAUGCUGUUCUACAAACUCUGGAUGUUGGAAUACACCACGCAGACGCUCACAGCAUGGCAGGGCUUGCGGCUACAGGAAAGGUUACCCCAGUCUCAGACAGAAUGGGCCCAGUUACUAGAAUCUCAGCAGAAGUAUCAUGACUCAGAGCUACAAAAAUGGCGCGAGAUCAUCAAAUCCUCGGUGAUGCUUCUAGACCAGAUGAAGGAUUCUCUAAUAAACCUUCAGAAUGGCAUCGGGUCCCGGGACUUCGGGUCAGAUCCAGAGGAGAAACGGAAACGUUUCCACUAACAGGCAGGAAUGCAGGAGGCCAGAGGACGGUGUGCAAUAUGUGUAAAUAGGAUAUAUAAAUAUAUAUAUAAAAUAUAUAUAUAUACAGAAUAUAAAUAUAUAUAUUAUAUACAGAUUUUAAGAGAAAAAAAAAUAAGCCUGCGUAUCGAGAGGAAGGAUUGACCUCCAGCACUGGCUGAAAUGGAGCGUCUCGCUGGUAGCGUGGUGUGUGUGUGUGUGUGGGAGGGCUGUGCUCUCCCGGCACUGAGGUGCGCUUGGGGGCGUGCCCGAGUGUGCUCCCCUGGGCCCGGGCGCCACUCCUGUAAUAUUCCUGGCUGUUUGUCUGUCUGUCUGUUUUGUUUUUGUUGUUUCAAAGGGAAGCAUCAGAGUGAGUGCCCCCCUAUCCCUUCCUGCGCAUGAAGGUCCCUGAUUGACUGUAUUUAUCUAUACAUACAAAGGGGACACUGUCAACUUCCUUACCUUGCUGGCUUCAGGGCAGAGAGGUUUUGGCAAUCGCUGUCAAUCCCUUCCAGAACUAUUCCGCAGUUGGAGAGGAGGCCUCGGGAAGAAUUGCUGUAGGUCUGUAGAGAUCAGAUCUCACCGGCAAUCACCUUCUGUACUUCUUGGAGCAGAAACACAAUUUGCUGUCGCGCCAGCCAGCCUGGUUCAGAGAGCAAAGCACAGAAUGUAAAGGAGCUGAAAUGCUUUCUCCAAACACCAGUUUGCCACCUCCUGGUAUUGAUACUGCACUAACGGCCAAGGAGAUGGUGGGGAGGGGAGAACCUGCCUACAAGGUGCCUGGAUGGUGGAGAGCCACACCACAGAAAUGACACUUCUGUUCCUUUUGACAGUGUCCCCUUUAUGUUUUCUGUAGUAUCUGCUUUCUGUGUGCUUGGGCCCCUGCCAUUAAGCCAUCCCUGUGCUGAAGAUGUACAUCGGUGCUGAAAGGGCUACUACCUGUGUGACUUCCCAUGACAGGGGGGUACCCCAGCUUCAAAAGAAAACCAAAUUAUUAUUUAUUGGCAAUUGUUCCCCCUACCCUGCUCAGCAAAUGUCCCUCCUGCCCCUGGUCUGCCAGACCAUUUUGCUCGUACCGCCCAGCCCUUACCUUGUCUUAGAAACUCUGCGGGGAAAAAUUAGGGAGAGUAAGAACAACUUUCUUUCCUUCCCUGGGAUAUUUACAUGUCUACAUCUAUAUAGCAACAGCCAUCACUGUGGAUAUUUAUGUGACUGCCUCCCAAGGUCCAGGAAGAGGUUAGGAAGGGUCACAGGGACCAAAAAA